CUUUGUCCACGCUCAGGCUUAAUUAAUUAAGCAGCAGCCGCAUAUGGCGGAGUCCACGGCGAAGCUCUUCCACGCCGUUCAACUCCACCUCACCACUGUUGUAUCUCACUUUCUCGUCUUCGGCAUAGGCUUAGCCCUAGGGAUCACCUUUAAUUUUUACGUCACGCGUUUCUCCUCCGCCUUCCAGCUCAACAUCCAGCUGUCGCCACCAGCUCCUCCGCCGGCGCCGGUGAUGGGGUUGAGGGAAUUUUGGAGCCCGGAGCGCGUGGCCCACGAGAUGAGCGACCAGGAGUUGCUGUGGAGGGCUUCGGUGGUUCCCCGGAUCACAAAAUUUCCGGUGAAGACGACGGCGAAGGUGGCGUUUAUGUUUCUGAGCAGAGGGCCGCUGCCGUUGGCUCCUCUUUGGGAGCGAUUCUUCCAUGGAAAUCAGGGAUUGUACUCCAUUUAUGUCCAUUCUGAUCCUUCCUUCAAUGGAACUCACCCCACAACUUCCGUCUUUUAUGGCCGUACAAUUCCUAGUAAGGAGGUGGAAUGGGGGCAGCCGAGCAUGAUGCAAGCGGAGCGGCGGCUGUUGGCGAACGCGCUGCUCGACUUCUCCAACCAACGGUUCGUCCUCCUCUCCGAGACCUGCAUCCCCGUCUUCAAUUUCACCACAGUCUACAACUACCUUGUGGGCUCGGCCCAAAUCUUCGUCGAGUCCUUCGACUUACCAGGCCGGUUGGGCCGCCGACGCUACAGGCCCAACAUGAAGCCCACAAUCACAGAGGCCCAGUGGCGGAAAGGGUCCCAGUGGUUCGAAAUGGACCGAGGGACGGCGACGGAGGUGGUGGCGGACCAGAAGUACUUCCCACUCUUCGAAAAGCACUGCCGCCCCAACUGCAUAUCGGACGAGCACUACUUGGCGACGGUAACGAGCAUCCGGUUCGGGGGGAGGAACUCGAACCGGACGCUGACUUGGGCCGACUGGUCGAAACAGGGCCCUCAUCCGGCCGGGUUCGAGAGCGGCAACGUCACGGUGGGGCUUUUGGAAAGGAUCCGGAGCGGAAGCACGUGCGAUUACAAUGGAAAUAAAAGUAGAAUUUGCCAUCUGUUUGCGAGGAAGUUCUUGGAAACUGCUUUGGAUCGGCUGCUGGAACUUGCCCCUCCAGUCAUGUUCUUUGCCUGACUUGACUUUUUCAUUGACUUGGUAAUG